GUUAGAGUUUGGUCUAACAGUUUCCUCUAUGAGAGGGUGACCGUGAGGAGUGACAGAGGAUAUCAGCAGAGCCAGUGCAUUUCCAACAGAGCGGCAAGGAGGAAACAAAAUGGCCCGAUGGACUGUUGGCUCCGUUAGGCUCAAGGUGCUGCAAUAUUUAUUUAUAUUUGUCCCUUUGUCUUUAACUCUUGUUUUAUGGAGCAGCUCAAAGAAUACAUGCUACAACACUGGUCUGCCUACAGAGACAGGUGCGUUACUUACCAGUGAUCCGGGAGAAUUACUGGCAUGUUCAGCCAUAAUCCAGGGUGAUGUGGACAAAUAUGCUGAAGAUGGUCUCAGCAGACUUCUGAAAGAGAGACAGCGUAACCCAUUGCCAGAGUCUUUUUAUCUCAAUGCAACAAAAGAUUGCAGUGCUUACAUCAAAGACAGAGGAUUUAUUAAUGUAACUCUCAGCAAGGAGGAGAGGGACUUUCCACUUGCCUACUCCAUGGUGAUCCAUAACCAGAUUGAGAUGUUUGAGAGGCUACUCAGAGCUGUGUACACACCCCAAAAUGUAUACUGUGUCCAUGUGGACAAGAAGUCUCCAGAUAAUUUCAUGAAGGCUGUGGAAGCCAUUGUUUCAUGUUUUCCCAAUGUGUUUGUGGCAAGUAAACUGGAGAAGGUUGUUUAUGCCUCAUGGUCUCGCGUCCAAGCUGAUCUUAACUGCAUGCAAGAUCUGGUGAACUCAGCUGUCAGGUGGAAGUACCUUUUCAAUACCUGUGGAACUGACUUCCCCAUUAAAACCAAUGCAGAGAUGGUGCAAGCGCUCAAAGUGUUGAAUGGAAAAAACAGCAUGGAGUCUGAGAAAACCCCUGGACACAAGAAAGGCCGUUGGGAGUACCAUCACAACGUCACUGAGUCUGAUGUCAUUAGGACUGACGUUAGAAAGACCCCCCCGCCCAUAGGUACCCCUAUGUUCUCUGGAAACGCUUACAUUGUGGUGUCAAGGGAGUUUGUGAAGAUGUUGUUUAAAAACCCAGAGGCCAGAGCUUUGCUGGAGUGGGUAAAAGACACAUACAGCCCAGAUGAGCACCUCUGGGCAUCUCUUCAGCGCAUACCAAGUAUGCCAGGGUCCAGCCCUCCCAAUAACAAAUAUGACAUGUCGGAUAUGAACUCCAUAGCCCGUGUGGUGAAAUGGGCAUAUCAUGAAGGAGAUAUAAGGAAAGGGGCAUCCUACUCCCCAUGCACUGGAGCAUACAGAAGAGCAGUGUGUGUGUAUGGUGCUGGCGAUCUCAACUGGAUCCUCAGUCAGAAUCAUCUUUUUGCCAACAAAUUCGACCCAAAUGUGGAUGAAAUUGCAAUUAAAUGCUUGGAACAUUACUUGCGCUAUAAAACUUUAACAGGUCAAUCACUUCAUUAGUUUACUAAAAGAUCAUUAAUAAUAAAGAGGUAAUUCAUUAUUCUUAAGAAGAUUUAGUUAAUUUAAUUUAAGUUAAUAUUUAUUUCAUAGUUUACCUUGAUUUAUUUGCAUUGAUACUGCAUUGAUCUAUUAUGCUAAAUUAGAACAUACAACAUUGUAGAGUGUACGUGUAACAAUGUUUUCAUGCUCCUAACAGUAUGUCAAACUGUGGCAUACUAAUUCAUGACAUACAAUAUGCAAAUAUAUUUUACAAAGUGUCACCAGUGGUGGGCUUCUUCCUCAUGCUGUAUUUUGACACUUUAUUUGACUAUCCAAAAUCAUAGUCAAAGAAUGCACUUUUACCAUAACUCAAUGGUAUAUUAUUGUAAUUGUUAUUAUAUCGUACAUUUACAGAUUUUGUAUUAUUUAUUUGUUAUGCAUGUUGUUAGUUUAGUUUUUAGUUUAUUUAAACAUGUUGUUAGUUGUUGAAUACAUUGUAACAGUUUGUUCAACUGUUCACACAAUUUUUGAAACAUGUCACUACACCAUAACCCCAUACCAAAUCUGUAAAACCAUACACUAAUGUGCCUUUGACUUUUUGCAAAACACCACAUACAAUCCUUUACCUAACACAUAAAAAUCUAUCAGGAAGUAACUUGACUUCCUUUUCAAACAACCUAGAAUGCCACACUUAUUCACAAGUGAUUCACUCUCUCUCCUCUCAAUACUCAGUACUUUACCCCCC